CGACUUCUCUGCACACAACGACUCACGAGCUUUCUGUCAGAGCCAAAGACCAAAAGCUAAAGCCACAACUCACAACCAAACCAAGUCCGGUUUAGGAAGACGCAAAGGAUGGAGUUCCAAGGGCAGCACGACAACCCCGCCAACCGCGUGGACGAGUACGGCAACCCGUUCCCGCUGGCCGGCGGCGUGGGGGGAGCGCACGCCGCUCCUGGCACCGGCGGGCAGUUCCAGGCCCGCAGGGGGGAGCACAAGACCGGUGGGAUACUGCAUCGCUCCGGCAGCUCCAGCUCAAGCUCGUCUUCCGAGGACGACGGCAUGGGCGGGAGGAGGAAGAAGGGCAUGAAAGAGAAGAUCAAGGAGAAGCUCCCCGGCGGCAACAAGGACAACCAGCAGCACAUGGCGACUGGUACGGGGACUGGAGGAGCCUACGGGCCGGGGACUGGAACUGGUGGAGCCUACGGGCAGCAAGGCCACGCAGGGAUGGCCGGCGCCGGCACUGGCACCGGCACCGGCGAGAAGAAGGGAAUCAUGGACAAGAUCAAGGAGAAGCUGCCGGGACAGCACUGAGCUGCCGGCUCCGGCUGGCUGCUUGACUGCUUCCUUUGCAUAGCUACGCGUCAAAGCCUUCCACUUCCACGUGAUCUUUUUGUUCAAUAAUAAGAUGAAGCUGAACGAGAAGUUGUCUCUGAUCGCAUCCGUGUCAGGGACACUUCUCUGUAUACAGCGUGCGUUGUGUUUGUUAUGUUUGUGUGCUCUGGCUUCAUGUUGCAAAAAUAUAUAUGAGAAAAUAGGCCCUUGUGGCUGUUCAAGGAA